AAAUAAUCCUUCUUAAUGCUGUUGUUGAUGCUAAUUUCGAUUGUUCAGAGAAAAACUGGUGGGUUGGUUAUCUGGAGAUCUGGCACUUCUGUUUCUCUUUACAGAGGUGUAACUUAUGAAGACACUUCGGAAAAAUUGAAGAAAAGGACGUUCAACAAAAUUGAAAUUUCUCGUAAGUCCUCUUCAACUGCUUCUGACGAGGCUGGUCCUUCCGGACAUGGUCCUUCAAGUGAUGUGGAUGCACCUCAAGCAGAGACUAUAUGCACGGGCUCAGAGAGUAAAAACAGUGAAACACUGAUGGAAGUGAAAUAUGAAGAUGAAGUAGAGAAACUAUUAGAUGGACUUGGCCCAAGGUACACAGAUUGGCCCGGAGAUGGUCCACUUCCUGUAGAUGCAGAUUUACUCCCAGGAGUCAUCCCUGGUUAUCAGCCUCCCUUCAGAUUACUUCCUUAUGGUGUGAGAUCAACCCUUGGAACAAAGGAGGCGACCUCUUUACGGAGACUUGCUAGAAUUUUGCCACCACAUUUUGCACUAGGAAGAAGCAGGCAGCACCAAGGAUUAGCUGCAGCCAUGAUAAAGCUAUGGGAGAAAAGUAAAAUUGCCAAAAUUGCUCUAAAACGUGGGGUUCAGCUAACUACGAGUGAAAGAAUGGCUGAAGAUAUCAAGAGAUUGACUGGCGGUAUGCUGCUCUCUAGAAACAAGGACUUUUUGGUGUACUACAGAGGGAAGGACUUUUUGUCGCCAGAAGUUGCUGAAGUGUUGUUGGAAAAGGAGAGAUUGGCAAAGGCCUUGCAAGAUGAAGAAGAACAAGCACGUUUGAGAGCAUCAACCUUUGUCAUACCCAGUGUGGAAGAUACCGAUAAAUUUGGAGUUGCGGGUACUCUCAAAGAAACUUUAGAUUCAGAUGCUAGAUGGGGGAAACGGCUGGAUGAUGAGGAAAAGGAGAAGAUGAUGAGAGAAGCCGAAGUGUUAAGGCAUGCCGAGCUCGUCAGAAAGCUUGAGAAGAAGCUUGCUUUUGCUGAGAGAAAGCUAAUGAAAGCAGAACGAGCAUUGUCAAAGGUAGAGGAAUUUUUAAAUCCAGCUGACCAUCCAGCAGACCCAGAAAGCAUUACCGAUGAGGAAAGGUUCAUGUUUCGGAAGCUUGGUUUAAGAAUGAAAGCCUUUUUACUUCUCGGUAGGCGUGGAGUUUUUGGUGGUACAGUGGAGAACAUGCACUUACACUGGAAGUACCGAGAAUUGAUCAAAAUCAUUGUCAAGGCUAAAAACUUUGAUGAGGUUAAAAAUAUUGCACUCUCUCUUGAAGCCGAGAGUGGCGGUGUGUUGAUUUCAGUAGACAAAGUAUCCAAGGGUUAUGCCAUAAUUGUUUUCCGGGGUCGGGAUUAUAAAAGGCCUUCUUCUCUAAGGCCAAAGAAUCUUUUAACGAAGCGGAAGGCAUUGGCACGUUCAAUUGAACUUCAAAGACGUCAGGCUCUCAUGAACCAUAUUUCAACCAUGCAAACAAGAGUGAACCAGCUAAUUUCUGAAAUUGAACAAAUGGCGGCUGUGAAAGACCGGGGUGAUGAUGAACUGUAUAAUAAACUAGAUUCUUCUUACCUUACUGAAGACGAGGAUAGCGAGGUGGACGAAGAGGAUGCUUACCUUGAGACGUACGACAGCAGGGAUGAGGGGGUCGAUGAACAUGAUAUUUCAGUUCAUAGUCUUCAGUCGGAAACAAAUUUUCCAUAUGGUUUCAAAGAUGAAUCAGAAACAGAACUUCGAGAGGUAUAAGGACACGAUUGCACCAUCAUCGCUGGGGAAGAUUUAGAACGAUAGAGGAUUCUACCGAGCAAGCAGGAGCUGGAGUUACGUUGAAGUCACACAAAUGAACUUGAUUAUUUUGGAUUCAAUCUGGUUCGAUAUUUUGCCCACGUGCUUGUUUGACAGGGAUGAUUGGAUAGCACUACAUUUUCAAGGAGCUAAAGUCUUGUUCCUUAUAUAUUGUUGAGCAUUUUUAGUGCUAUUGCUGAAUAGUCAUGAUGCGCAUUUAAACAUGGAAGCAUUGGGUUGCAUGCAAUUCUUAAACUGAUAGCAGUAGAGAGGGAAGAUAAAAGUUUACUCAUCAAUAAAACUAGAUUCGGUAUGCCAGAUUGAACAUGACCUUGUAACAUUUGCUGCUGAAUUCUUCCUGUCGUUACCAAAUAUAUAAUUCACAAUAUGUCGUUUCAAAGAAUA